GAAUCACAGUGAAGCUAAUUCCAAUAAAGAUACAUUCAUUCACUUCUCUCAGUGUUUAAGAGGACAUCAAUUAUCUCUAAUUUAUAUCCUUCAUACACAAACCUAAAAAGUACACAAAUUGGUUCAUCUCAAGUCUCACAAACAAUAUGGGCUGGUUCUGGGCUGAUUCUCCUGCACCUGCUGCUGCGGCGUCGGGUAUGAGAAAUGUCCCUCACGCUUUGCCCAAGGAUAGCAAUGCCACUCCACCUCCAUCAUGUCCUAUGCACAAGCCCAGCGCAGAUGCUCUGAAGCCUGUGGCAAAACCUCCAGCAUCAUCACCCGAAUCCGCCUGUCCAUAUACUCCCGACAAAGUUUCUCAAGAAUCUCAAGCGACGUCCAAAUACUCCAAAUACAACCCUUUAAACUACAUGUUCCCGGACUUAUCUCAAGAGAGAGCGAAGGAUCAGACUGUUGUAUUGCCAACCGAAAGGGAGCCAUCUACAAUACCUAAAGGCACUGGGGAUGGUAACUGGGAGUAUCCUUCACCACAACAAAUGUACAAUGCUCUUCUGCGCAAAGGCUAUACUGAUACGGAUGCGACUGCCGUUGAGAGUAUGGUAUCAGUUCACAAUUUCUUGAAUGAGGGUGCUUGGGCUGAAAUCGUAGAAUGGGAACGAAGAUUUGGCAAAGGGUUGUUCAAGGGUUGGGAGAAUUGUAGAAGAGGAGAAGAGGGUUCAAAGGCAGGAGCAGAGAUUGGUGCAAAUGAAGACGAAGUGCCCCAGCCCAAAUUAGUUCGAUUCAUGGGCAGACCAAAGGAGAUGACGCCAAAGGCUGCGAUGAUUCAAGCCAUGGGUUGGGCUUUUCCAGAAAAAUACGGUACUGAGCCGCCAUUCGAUCGACAUGAUUGGUUUGUCCAAAGAGAAUAUAAUGGCCAGAAGAAGGAAGUUAGAUACAUCAUCGAUUAUUACUCAGGAGGCGAAGAACCUACUGGAGAACCCAUAUUCUAUCUGGAUGUUAGACCCGCCCUCACUCCAACCCAAGCUGUAGAGCGCAUGAUGCGAUGGAGUGGUGAUGUUUGGUAUCGCGCAUCAGGUGCUUCCGUUAGAGAGAACAUCAAAAAGAAUUAGGAAUUCUAUCUAUUUCUUGAGAUAUGAAUUGGCGUUUUGCAGCGGUUUUAAGCAAUACGCUUCGGUUUGGGUUAGGAUUUGGUAUCUGCGGUUAUGAUCUGAUUGGAUCAAUGACAUGGGGUUAUGCAUAUGGAAUGGUCCCUGGGUAGGAAUCACAGUUUACGCCUCUCUUCUCUUGUAGUUAUUGAUACCUAGAUAAUGAUAUUCCUUAUUCA